AGUCAAGGCAACAGCAGUCAUUUUAAGUUCUGUUACUUUUUACAUUUUUAAUUUUUUUAAUUUAGGAGAGUGUCAGUAAAUCACCUACUCUUAUUACUUCUUUUUCUUCUGACCUCCAAAACAGCUGCUGGAUCUGUGCUCAAACUGCGAAUCAGUAAAGCUUAAGCUUAAUCUCAGAGUAGUUCCGCUAGACAGUAAAAAGAAGUGCGUGGCAGCAGAGUUCAGUGCGGAGCCAAAUGAGUGUUCUCCACAAAAGUUUAUUUCCAGUUUGUGCGUGCAGCUAAAAAACCACACACACCCUUGUGUACUCACAUCUACAAUGGAGAAUAAAUGUUAAAGAAGAAACAUCUGAGUACUUGCAUUCUUACCGGAUGUGCCAUAGUGAUUGCAAACUUUACUAACCAGCCCAAAUAAGCACGAAAUACAACAUUUGGUCCUUCGAGCCGGAAGGUGCAAUUGCUGUGGAUUGCUGAAGAUGUCCUCCGACCAGAGGAGUAGAGAAGGAAGGCCAGCGGAUGUGCAUCCUAAACGGCGAGUGCGGCCACCAGCCUGGUUGGAAGAAUAUGAUGUUUCUCUUCCGCACUAUAAUCAACCUUCCCCUGCUGUUCAAACUAUGCCUCCCACCACAGAGAUACAGGAGCCUCAGCACCAUAUUGAGAGAGUAGCCAAGAUGACCCCUCUCACGCAUCACACAGUCUUUGACCCUUUAACUGGACUCAGGCAGAGACAGUUUACUCAUUCUGUCCAAUUUGAACAGAUGUAUGAGAGCACACCUGUACCUCACCACAGUAUAUCAGGGGAUGUAUCGUCAGAGAUAUUAGAGGCUAUUCAACAGCUCAAGAAGGAGAAUCAGAAACUGCAAUCUACAAUCUUAGACAUGCAACGACAAAUGAGAAGUGAUACUGCAGUUCCAGUGCACCAGAGGCCAAUGCCACCAUCACAUGACAGAGCCCCUAUACCAUACGAAGAGGAGGACUGGCCACUCCCACCCCCACCAGUAGCAGACGAGGUCCCACUUCCUCGAACUGUAGUGAAUAAACCACUACCUCCACCUCCAACAGCAGCUGUCCCAGACUUAGUGGAGGAAUUAACUGCAUGUUUGCGUAGACUAGUGUAACCCUAUUUACGAUAGAGCAACAGGUAAAUAGUUAUCUUUCACAGUAUUUGGACCAGUAACAGAAGAUGCUAAGUCUUUAAGAGCCAGUGGUUUGACAUCAAUAAAGACAGAAAACAGUAAUUUGCGUUGUUGUGAUCACUCUUUGUUUAACAACAGGAACAAUAACAACAGUGUAACAAUUUAGUUCAGAGAAUGUAUAUAAAGAAAUAAGAAAAUAAUAAA